AUGUCUCGUCCUGUAGCCGGAGUCCGCAAGAAUACCUUGAUCGUUACCCUACCUGGCUCACCAAAAGGCGCAAAGGAGAAUCUGGCCUCUAUCAUCAAGCAGUUACCACAUGCUUGUCAGCAGGCUGCCGGCGCGGACUCCAGAUCGCUCCACGCUGGUGGUGUGCAGAAGCUAGAGCGAGAGGCCGGCGUCCCAGGUAACAAACCAAAGUCAGCCGGCCACCAGCAUAGUCAUAAUCAUUCUCCCAGCCACGGACAUGGACAUAGCCACGGACACGGGCACCACGGACCAAAAGCUCACACCGCGCCUAGCGAUCGGCCAGCAGUCUCCAACGACCCCAAUGCCGGGCCAUCGAGGCGAUAUCGAGAGUCGCCAUACCCAAUGCUCUCGGUCGACGAUGCCCUGAAGCAGAUCGCAGACAACGUUCCUGUCCCGCAGAUAGUCAAGCACAAGGUCAACGAGGAUCUCGUUGGCUCUGUAUUGGCAGAAGACGUUGUCGCCCGAGAAGCAGUGCCAGCCUUCAGAGCAAGCAUAGUCGACGGCUACGCGGUCAUUGCUUCGAGUCACGUCCUAGUACCGAGAACAAAAGGCAUAUUCCCGGUCACAAGCAUUUCGCACGCACAGCCAGGCGAGGUACCGGAGCUGAAAUCAGGAGAGAUCGCUCGCAUCACUACAGGCGCACCUCUACCGCCCAGAGCUACGUCAGUCGUUAUGGUCGAAGACACCGUCCUCCGCUCCAAGACCGACGAUGGCCAAGAGGAGAAAGAGGUCGAGAUCCUGACCGACGACAUUAAACCUGGCGAGAACGUUCGAGAAGUCGGCAGCGAUGUCAAAUCAGGCACCACGAUCAUGAAGCAAGGUGAGGGCAUCACAGCGAUAGGCGGCGAGUUCGGCUUGUUGGCUUCAGUAGGAACGCAGGAGGUUACCGUCUACAAGAAACCUGUCGUGGGCGUCUUGAGCACGGGCGACGAGAUCGUACCUCAUGAUCGAGACGGCGACCUGCGCUUAGGUGAAGUGAGAGAUACUAAUCGUCCGACCCUGCUCACUGCGAUUCGUGGCUCUGGCUUCGAGGCUAUCAAUCUCGGAAUUGCUUCAGACAAACCAGGCGCUCUAGAAUCCACCCUCCGCACCGCUCUCCGCACCUGCGACGUCCUCAUAACAACCGGCGGCGUCUCGAUGGGCGAACUCGACCUCCUCAAGCCCACCCUCGAACGCUCGCUGGGCGGCACGAUCCACUUCGGCCGUGUAUCGAUGAAACCUGGCAAGCCUACCACUUUCGCCACUGUACCCUUCAAGCCCUCCUCAACCGGUGAGCGAGAGAAGCGAGUAGUCUUCUCCUUGCCUGGAAAUCCGGCGAGCGCGGUGGUGACGUACCAUCUCUUUGUUCUGCCGGCGCUGCAUCGAAUGAGCGGGAUCAGUCCCGUGGGCUUGCCGAAUGCCAAGGUGGUGUUGGAGGAGGAUGUGCGGUGUGAUGGGAAGAGGGCGGAGUAUCAUCGUGUAAUGGUCAAGGCAAAAGCGGACGGGCAGCUUUGGGCGGCAAGCACGGGUUUUCAGCGCAGCUCGGCGAUCGGGAGUUUCAAGGGUGCGAAUGCGCUGUUGUGCUUGCCGAUGAAGGAUGGGGUGGUGGGGAAGGGGGAGAAGUGCGAUGCGCUUUUGAUGGGCAAGAUGGUGAGCGAGAUGUAG